AUGCCUAAGUCUUCCAACGACUCUACAGCUACCAUUUUUUCAUCGGGAGCCACAAACGUGGAGAUUAACGACAACAUGGGGAAUACGUACCAUACGCCACCUCCAGGGACGGAGCAAUACCUCAACUUCAAACCUCAUACGCCUACGCCAUCACGAUCGUUGAAAAGCUGGCACGGUUUGCUGUCUCCGGACACACCGACAUUUGGCAACAAUACUUGUGAUACGCUUCCCGCCCCGGCAAGCCAUCAUGAAUUAGGGAAGCAAAGCUAUGCGCCUGCCCAAAUUACGUGCUCUGAGGCUGGAACAGCUCAAGAAGUCAUAGAGAGCGACGCACAUCUCGCUCUUGAGCUCGACGCAACCAAGAGUCCUACAGCUCUACGUCGGAGCAGCAGAAUCACCUCCAAAGCCAAAGCACAAGCUCCACCUGCUCGGAAAAAUGCGAAGCCCGCUCCUGUGGCACAAGCUCCCGCUCCGCCCGAGUUCAGCGUCGUACCUUUCAAAGCAGACCCCAUUCCAUUCUCAGGUCUCCCUGCUGUCCAUUCUCUCGACUGGCAGCUUCAAUAUCCUCCGGGUGGGAGCACCCACCCCUCAUACCCGUUCCCAACUCCCGAUCCCCGCCUGGUCUUCCAUGAGCACCUCGUCCCUUUCAAAGACGAGCUACCAGACCUCUCCCAAGUACCAAAUUUGGUGCUUCCGGUGGGCUGGAAGCACGUGUCUUGGUCCGGCCUACUUCCUAUCGCUUUCGAUCCGUAUCGACAGGCGUUUAAGCUGACACCAGUGGGUCCAAUGCCGCUUACUUCCGAAGAGCUGCAUCAAAAUGGGCUAUACAAGUAUGUUCCCGGCGGUGCAGUGCAUCCAGAGACCGCACAUCUUCCGGAAAUGAUGGUCUUCAGCGACGGUUCGGAUGUGGAUAUAUAUAACUGGGAGGGUGUGGACUGGGUGCUGCCUUGGGCUCAGAUUUCUCCUCCUCCUUGCGCAGCCGUGUCGCAUGGUAUUUACAGCGGUACAACGUCACAGAACGCAUCUCCUACCUCUGCCAUUAUCACAUAUCCAUGGCGAGAGUCGCGCGAUUGCCCAAAUCAAAUCUUCGACCUUGCGGAUGCGUGGCGAUGGCUGGAAGGCAAAGAGGAGCAACCCAACUCAGACUUCGUGCCCUCGUCUACGAAGCAAUGGUGGGGAAUGGGUGCUUAUCGAUCAAAUCGGAAACUGAAGUCUCCCAUUCCAGAGCUAAUGAUGCUUGCGGCCCGUUCCAACCCAGAAACGCCGAAUGAGAAGCCGAAUCCAGUACUCCAUAAUCAAGACGGCCGUGAAAUUCGGAAAAACAAUCUGUUUUGCCCAUUCAAGAGCGUGGCAACUCCAAUGAACGUAGACAUCACAAUGCUUGUGGACACCGAGUUCACGAUCAAAGAGCUGCUGUGCUAUUUCCCCCAGCAUUACAAUUGGGGGCAUGCCGCCGAUCGACUUGUGCGGGCGGGAAUGUUACCGAGCUUGGUACGGGACAUGAUAAAUAUGACACGAGGACUCCUGGGCGAGGUGGCUUUGAAGAACAGUGUCGUUUCAUCUGCGAUUAAUGUGGCUAAGAGAAGGGUUUUGAUCAAGAGAGAGACGGAUGAGGAUGGAGAUACGGUAACGAUACCAGAGCCAGACAACGAGAAAGUCACGAACUACACGUCUGAGGGCUGGACGUACGAUAUUUGGGAGAAGAUUGACUACCCUAUCCUCGCACUCGCUCACGGUCUAGUAGACCUCCCGACUGGAUGUGACGCUGGUCCAGUUACUGCGCUUAUCCAGUGGUGUCGAGAAAAUUCGCGUUAUACGGCCUUGAUCAGCGAGAUACCUAUGCUUCUAAAAGAAGCGGGUAUCAAGUCGCUUAUAGAGCUAUCUGAUAGCGGAUGUCCGGAUAAGGAGUUCCCACCGAGAUACGCUGAAGCGAUGAAGAAAGAUCAGAAUAGAGUCCGCCAGAGCUUGAAAGACAAGAAGCAUGGACUGCUAGAAGCUGUCGACAAGGAAAUGGCAAAAAAGAGAAGGGUCGGUUAGGUGAUUAGCCGACACCGACACUUCCGAUCGAGCUCAACAACGGGAGUAGGGUGAACGACAGGAGGUGCUUGGACAUGAUUGAGAUAUUUGGGAUUUUUUUGGAAGCGUCGUUUCCGGACUUAUGGCCUAGCAGAAGUCUCAUGCAAUAUGGUAGUACAAACUUCGAGAAGAUGGUUGCCGAUACCAUUGACUGCAAAAGUCCGGAGCAUUUCCUUGCUAAAUCUGAUCACAUACUGGCAAGGUUGCAGUGAAUGAAGCAGUAUACAUGAGAUAGCAAUAUUCUCGCAAUAAUCCGUAUGAUUAUGUGCGAUCCUUUUGAUUUCUUCAUGGUUGGGCUUUGGUGCAUCGAUGCACAUGGACUAAAGCGCCAUGCUAGCAAUAGUGGCAUAUUUUCGC